GCGUAUCAGCUUCAGCCCCGAUCAACGACAAUCUUCCUCCAAGGGUUCCAAGUUGAGCGUCAAUUCCAGGUCUUGCCUUGAGAAUUGAUUCAUUCUGCUUGGCACACGGCAUCGAGCAACUCAUCUCCAGACACAAUUCAAGCUUCCAGAUUGAGACAUUGAACCUUGCAAACGACCACCAUGCCUCGAAGAAAGGCUCUAAUAAUCGGCAUCAACUACUUCGGUAGCAGUCACCAGCUCAACGGAUGCGUCAAUGAUGCGAAAAACAUCCGCAACUUCCUCGUACAGGAUCGUGGGUUCUCACCCGCUCCUCAUGAUAUGGUUUUCCUUACGGAUGAAGCUCCCAACCAAGGAACGCCUUUCUUCCCAACUGGCGCAAAUAUCAUGGCGGCACUCCAUUGGCUUGCCACUGGCAACAGCCCCGGUGACAGUGUUUGGCUCUCGUAUUCUGGUCAUGGAGGCCAAGUGAAGGAUCCGGAUGGAGAUAGAGAGUCAGGAUUAGAUGACACAAUUUGUCCCGUAGAUUUCGAGUCUCAGGGACAGAUUGAUAGUGACACUCUUCACAAAGUCAUCGUCUCCCCAAUGAUCAAAGGAGCCCGGCUCACAGUCCUCUUCGACUGUUGCCACAGCGGAUCUGCUAUUGAGUUGCCGUAUGUCUACCGACCCAAUUCCCAAGGUGAGGUCAACCUCAUCGACAACGUCAAGCAAGGCGUCAAUUUGGCAACUGGCGCCAUGAAUCUCCUUCGUGGUGGGUUCUCAGCCGCGAAGAUUCAAGAUGCCAAAGUCUUGCUUGGUGGUGCUAAGUCGUUCUUUGCGGGCUUGCAACAUCGUCCUGUCGGAGAUGUCAACGAAGACGGCUUGGGCGAAGAAAAUUUUAUCGAGCCGUGGAAGCAUGAGGGGAAAGAUGUUUGGAUGUUCAGUGGUUGUGCCGAUCAUCAGACUUCUGCUGACACCACUAUUGCUGGUGCUGCUACCGGGGCCAUGUCUCAUGUCUUUCUUCAGACAAUGAGGGAAAAUCCCAAUCAGAGCUACAUUCAGGUUCUACAGAACACUCGCGUAUCUCUUGCUAAGAAGUACCAACAGAUCCCACAAUUGUCUGUGGGCGGCCUGUACGACUUGGAUCAACAAGUCAAUUUCUAAAUGGUGUUGGAAGACAUCUUGCGGGCGUUGUUUUCGAUUCGUUGAGCUUGCAGAAUUAAAUCAAGAACCGCCUAUUACUCGAGUCUAUGUCAUAGGAAGUAUCGCUGUGAAUCAAUUUUCUCGGACUCUGUUCAUAUCCCUGUGUCGAUCCAUUUCCCUCGUGAUUCAUGACC